AUGUACUGGGCUGCUGGCUUCGCCUCUUCCCGUCCGUGUGUGGUCGAGCUGGGGCGGAAUCACAGCCUGCCGCUCGGGCUGUGCGGCUCCGAGCAGCAGCAGUCGUUAUAUGGCUAUAUCAUCGCCUUCCCUUUGCAGGACUACGGAGGCAUCAUGUCGGCUCUGGGCUCGGACUCCUGGUGGAAGAAGACCCUGUACAUCACUGGGGGGGCCCUGCUGGCUGCUGCAGCCUACCUACUGCAUGAACUGCUUGCCAUCAGGUAGGAAAGUGUUAUUGUUAUCUACCUUUUUAUGCAAACAGUGGUGUUUUUCAAUUGAUAAGCAUAUGGGUGUCACUAGACUGGGCUGUGAUAGGCUGCAUUUAUGAAUGGGCAUGAGUGGGUCCCUCCAUAGAUUGCUGUUUCCUUGCAGAUCUCGCGGUGAUUUCUGGGGUUUCAGAGCCUGUGUUUCUCCUCCCAAGGACACGACACUUGCUGGGGAGGAAAAAAAAAAAACAAAUAAAUAAAAAAAUAAGUCACGAGUCUGUUCAUGUGCCAGCUCUCGUGCCAGUUCUGUCGGCACCUGAGCGUGAAUAAACGAAGCGCUCCUCGGGCGCUGCGGAGUCAGAGCGACCUUUGAUGAACUCUAGCGUAAGAUGCACAACUGCAGCACACAGAUACUGAGAGAAAACACCAAGUUAUUUACCUCUACCUUCUUAUGGGGGCGGAAGGAUGGGGUGUGAUGAGUCCCUGGGAUGUAAACAUGAUUAUCUCAGAUCUGGGAGGGGGGGAUUAUUUUGGACCAGGCCAGUACCGGGGUGUAAGUACAUCCUGUCACAGUGGCCUGGUAGUUUUUGCUUUCACUUCCCCUCCCCCUCCCCCCCUCGUGGUAAUCUGUGUAACCUUGCAUCUCGUGCAGAGACGUUGCUGCCGAAUCACGUGCAGCCUACGGAGGCUGGACCCGCAGCCUGCCAGCAUCAUCUGUUCAUGCCAUGUGAUGUGGUCGUUGGCAGUGGCAGCAGCUCUGCCACUAUAGUCAGCUUCUAUCCUCCAUAUUACCUCUACGUAAAGAGAUCUUUAAUGUUAAGAAAGCCCCUUAAGUGGGAGAUUUGUACACCAUAUUAAAGUAGACUGGGGUAUAUAAGAAGGUCAAGAUGCAGAGGACACGUCUCACAGUGAUGUUUGGAUACAGACUGUACAGAGAUUUCGAUUGAAUUCAGCACCAUAUGACUGUGGAUAGCAGCCGGCACAGUGGUGUAGUGGUUAUUACUGUCGCCUCACAACAAGAAGGUCCUGGGUUCGAAUCCGGCUUAGGGUGUUUCUGUGUGGAGUCUGCGUGGGUUAACUAUGGGUACUCUGGUUUCCUCCCACAUCCCCAAAACAGGAAGAAGUGGGGUUAGGUUAAUUGGUCACUUUCAAAUUGCCCAAAGGUGUGGAUGGUUGUUUGUCUCUAUAUGUCAGCCCUGCGAUGAACUGGCAACUUGUCCAGGGUGUCCCCCGCCUUCGCCCGAAGAUGCUUGGAUAUAAGCUUAUUCGGGAACAGGAAUAAGCGGUAGAAAAUGGAUGGACUGUGGACAGCAACUUAUACGACUUGGAAUGGUUUCAGCACCACAAGGAGCUGGAAAGAGACACACAUAAACUACUGUACCGGGUGUUAUGUAGUUACCUGUUCAUCUGGCAAACCAAGCUGAAACUGAUGCAGUCUUUUAACACCGUCCUAAUCUGAGCAAGGUUAAAGAGUUUGUUCUGUGGGACUGUGUAGCAACACACACUGUUUCUGUUCAUCUGCAUUCAGAGAAUCAAUGAUAUGAAAAAGAUAUUCACAAUGACAGGAACACCAACAAUAAAACCUGAUACAAUUCAAUCACUACAACAAGUAGAGCCUCCAAAGUGAUAGGCUAGAGAUGGACCAGCUAAUCUGGCAGAUAAUUGGUAUCUUGAAAUAAUCUGCAUCACAUUAGCAUCAUUAUUUAUAAUGGCGCCAUCUUUAAAUCUUAAAUAGUAGCUGGUUAGUGUAGAAUAAUGCAGUUUAAUGCUGCUUCUGACAAGAUUAUCAUGAAUUUAAUAGGAUAACUCAAUGUAUUUUCCCAUUUCACAAAUUAAUAAAGAAUGCAUUCAAAACAUGUUACUACCUAAGACAAUCGUGGUUAAGAUUGAAAUGUGCCCAGAGUAAUAAAAUCAACUUUACUUUCUUUUAGCUUUUUUUUCUGAUGUCCUUCAAUUUGUUGUAAUAAUAACAGACAGAAAUCCAAAAGUCUCUUUGGUACAAUUUUUUUUACUGCGCUAAAUAUUUUUCUGUCUACAGUAAUUUAAAACCUGCUGUAUCAGCCAUUGUAGUAUGAACAUUUGGAGGCCAAAAGGAAAGUAAUGGUGUGUAAUGUUGGACUGUAUUGUUCUUUACUAAGACCUGUUAUGUUCCUGAGGGUGGACUACAAAGAUCUAACCCCCUGAAACGAACACUGAACCUUUUGGGUGAGGGGGUUGUGUAGUGCUACUGUGCUAUUCCUCACCAUAUGAUGGCAGCUGUUCUUAAUAGGCUGACUGCUGAUUGUAUUAUUCAUGAUAAAAUAAUAGAUACAAUUUGAGUACAUACAGUCAGCCCACUUUAAAGUUCUAUUGAAUAAUUUAGACUUACAGAGGUGGUGAUAAAAGGAACGCCAAAUAGAUCAGCAGGCUCUGUCUGUCUCUGGGCAAAAUCUUGGUGAUGCCAGCCUGUAACAUUUUCUUUUGCCACUUUUGGGAGGAGAAAUUUGUGAUCCGAUCUGAUUUUGGAGGUUUUUAAUUUUGUAUUUCUAGUGUUUGCUGUGUUCACUGAGUCUGCUGAGGGCAGUUCUUGAUAUAUCCAUCACAGACUUUGGCCUCAGUGUUUUUUUGAUGGUCUCAUCUUAGAAAAAGUGUUUGUUUCAAUGAGGCCUCAAAGUGUCCUUACUACAUAUGAAUCAGGAACACAUGCAUAACUCUCAUCGUAAAAUAAACAUUUUAGAGCAACGACCCCCACAUCCAGAGCUGUCCAAAGAACACAGACUAGCGAUAUAGUACCAGUAGAAUAUUUUCUUAUAGUGUGUGUAGAAAACAGUCAAACAGUAUGGCUGAUCAUAGAUGACGGAUGAGACUAGGCCAAGAGUGUAUCUGCUUAAAACUGGGGCAGUACUGUGAUUCAUUUGGUCAAUAAAUUCAAUUGUAACUGAAGCUGUGAAAACAACACAACUGAGCAGUGAUAGUGAUACAAAAAAAUCAAUAUCAGCGGUUAUGUAAACCCUCAAACUGCCAUAGAUUCCUGUUUUUUUUAAUUCAAGUUACUCAACAAAAACACACAGGGCUUUCUAAAUAUUAAACAAACAGCUGUGCAGUGAAGUAUUGUGUUAAAGUAUUGUAACAAAUAAGCAAAAGAGAUUUUAUCCUCAUAAGGCUCAACCAGAAAAACUAAACGUAGGCUCUCGCAGAACAGUUUUGUGAAAGCUGAUAAAGAGAAGCCUCGAGAUUGCAUAAAAUUAAAGUGUCCAUGUUUAGUAGGUGGUUGUGCUCAGGGACACAGGGAUUUACUGCCGUGUCACUGCGCUAUAAUAAACUGCAGGUGUGACCCGUUACUUCCUGGAAGGUCUGUAGAGCCUGAAACUGAGCAGCAAAUCUGGCUUCCUGUUUGGAUGCUGAGUUCUGGUUAGUAUUAAUCUCACAGGCUGGCUGACCCAGAAAAAAACAGGUUGUUGGAUUGACCCUCUUAGCCAGAAUUUUUACAGUUGUACAUCUGAAUCAGUUAUCAUUCCCAGUCUCAUCUUUUAAGUUUCGAUAAAAAAAAGACUCUUUAUUGAUGCCACUGGUGUCUGCACAAAGACAGCUGGGUUUAAGAUAUCAAAGCUGAUUGUCGUCCCUGAAGAACCAUUCAUUUGUUUUUGUUUGUUUUUAAAAAGCAGUCCCAGGGAGAGAGAGUAUCAAUCAAAGUAAACAAAAAGAUAUUACACCUUUUUGUUCUGUGUACUGUCAAUCAAAUCUUGAGGAAAAUAGAUCAAUAAAUCGUUUUCAUUUAUCUAACACAGUUGUCAUAAUCUGUUAGUGUAAGUUUAGGCAACCUGAUCCAAACAACAGUGUUAACUAGAGAGUCUGUUAUUUCUCCAUCUUUUUUCUCUGUGUAGGAAGGAACAAGAGCUGGACUCUAAAGACGCCAUCAUCCUCCAUCAGUUCUCCAGGCCAAAGAACGGCGUGCCCAGCCUCUCACCUUUCUGCCUCAAAAUAGAGACGUACCUGCGCAUGGUGGACCUGCCCUACCAGGUGAUACUCGGCACACUGUUGCAAGUGUAAACUCCUUUAAUGUCCAUGCUAAUGUUUCAUGGCAGUUUGGGACUGUUUUACCUUUUUUUAUUUUAUUUUAUUUUUUUACAAAAACCGACAAAUCUUCGCACCUAAACUGUGGCGCAUCACAAACUUUAUGAUUUAUAAUUUCUGAAAAGAGAGCUAUUUUUACCCGUGUAUCUUGUCUUUGGUGGCAACUUCCACCAGAGACAUUUGUGUAUCUUUUUCUUUUUUAAUUCCCUAUCUGACUAUGAGUCCCUAUUAUGGCCUAACCUUUCAAACAAUGGAUCAAUGCUAAAGUAAAACUCAAUGGCCUCUUAUAUUAGGAGUCGUCCAUCCUGUGCUCUAGGCUUUAUGAUUUUUUUUAAGUUUCUAACAAGAUUAUAAGAGGGUUGUUUCGGAAUUUAGAGACCUUUUAAAACAACAUGCAUCUGUUGAAAAUGUUCCUCAAAUGAUAAGAUAAGAUAAGAUACUCCUUUAUUUGUCCCACAAUGGAAAAUUCCCAAUUUACAGUUCAUCUUUUCCAAACCGACACCACUUUUUCUUAGAUGAGAAAACGGAAAACAGGAGGAAGGAAGAGAGGAAAAAAAGACAAUUCCAAACUCUGCUCCUGUUGGGGGACACAUUGUAGGAUCAGUGAAAAAACACCUCAGCACAUAAGUAACAUAAUAAAAAACAUCACAAUAAAAAGAAGUGACCAAACUAUUGAGAGGCUUUUGAGGAAUCCUGGCUCACUAACUGGAAAACACAGUGUGAUGUAGUGUUGAAUAUAUUUAAUAUGAUAAUUCAAAGUCAUGUUUCAGGAAUCAGAAAUAAUGUAUAACCAUUUUGUUCUAAAAAGAGUUUUGUUUUUGUAGAAUGAACCUUUUGUGAUCAAAUAUUUUCUUUUUAUUGCAAAUUUGGGUUCGAAUACAAUAAGUUUCAAUUACUUUUAAAAUGCUAAAAAAAAAGGAAAAAAAAUCCACCCCCCACUUUUAUAUCCACAUGGAGGCCUCACACCAGGCCACCAUCUUCAUCAUGUUUCUACGGUAGCACAGGAUGGACAAACUAGUAACAGUCAUGUUUAUGUAUUUUCUGAGUGGUCACAGAAAAUGCAGCAGUUUGAAGAUGAAAACGAAGAGAAGAAUUUGUAUUGAUAGAUGUUUUUGUUUGACAUAUGGAGAAUUAUACCUCUCAUUUAUCACAGAAGCUUCUUGUCCUUGAAGGCCACUGUCCUCUCAUUGGUAGGAGGGGUGAGCAGCAGGGGAGUGUUUCUACAUACUCUACCUUUUAAGCCACCAAUAGGAAUAUAAGCCACAAAUUAUUAGUUGAAUUGUACAUAUUCUGACUUGUAGCUGUUUCUCUCUGCAGAACUACUUUGAUGGGAAGCUGUCGCCGCAGGGUAAGAUGCCCUGGAUGGAGUACAACCACGAGCAGGCAUCGGGGUCAGAGUUCAUCAUAGACUUCCUGGAGGAGAAACUGGGUGUCAACCUCAACCAGAACCUGACCCCGCAGGAGAAAGCUGUGUCACGAGCUGUAACCAAAAUGGUGGAGGAACACCUCUACUGGUAGGGGUCUCGUGUUGAAAAUAAAAAACUUCUGUGUGAUGGAAACUAGGAAUCCCAAUACCCCAGCUUUGAUUGAAAUUCCAGUGGUGUCAAUGGAACAACUCUCAGCUUUUUAAAGGGCAAAAUGCAGCAACUAGUUUGUAUUCUGGAGAUCCAGUUGUUCUUGAAGGCUGAUUUUAUGCAUUUGCUGUCUGCACAUAUACACUCCUGAUCACAAAUUCAUGUUUACAACAUAAUAAAGCCCGUCAGCCCAUUGUUAUGCAGUGGCAGGAACCACCCACACUGAUCUCAUUGAAAAAACACUGUCACAUUGAUUUCAACAGCUCAAGAGACAUUUCAAGCCUUAGACCCAUCUUGUUUAAGGUUUUUGUUCAUUUCAGCAUUAUUUAUGCAGCCCUCCAGCCCAGACUGACUCUAUCCUCACCAUCACUUUGUGUUAACGGCCAUCCGUCGUUGUGGUGAGUCACUCAAGUACCUCUGGGUGAGAAGCACAGCGCUGCUAGGAAAUCGUUUACUACUCCUCCCACACCCAGAGAGGCUCAAAGUGUUUUCCAUUACCUAAAAGCUUCAUCCAUCAUCACAAUAACACCCCAAACACACACAAACACGCACUGAAACACACGUACACACAAAAAUGCUAUAAUGUAAUUUUGUCUCAAUGCCUGCUCCUCUCUGUUGAGCGACAUAAGGAGGUAUUUUGAACCAAAGAUGAGGACGUUCAGUCUGUCUGAGGCUGUAGAGCUAAGUAGAGUUACGAGGUUCUGUAACAUUUCUUCAAAGCUCUAGAGGUCAGUCAUGUAACCUACAUCCUCCAUUUCCUCCUUCCCUCCUUGUGUCUCUUCCUUGCUCUCCUUCCGCUUAUCCUCCACCCACUCUGUGCCAACUUUAGACCCACAUAUAGACCUAUUGAUUCAAUUAUUUAUGUCAGGGAAGGGCAGUGUGGCGGCAUGUUGAUCUCUGAGCUGCAGAGCAUCAGGCCAGCUGACGCUUCCGUCAUUUCCUGACAGCUGUCCUGACUGAUGCUGGGAUAAAAAUAAGAAAGCAAGAAAGUGAAGGCCAGGCUGCUGAACUCAUGGCUCGAUACACAGCUGCAGGAAGAGGCAACAAAGACUUUGUAUACUUUUUUCAGUGGUUGAUUUUGAACCGUGAUGAAGAUACAGGCAUUUAUUAACCGAUAGUGGGCGAUAGUUUUUUCACUCCAGUCUGCAGUUCAGUUUGUACUCUAAACUGACAAACAGCAGACCCAUAUUGGACCACCAGGCUUAUGGGCAAAGGUUUUAUUCCCCUUUCUCUCAUCAUUAUGUAAUAAUCUUCUACUCUGCAGUUUGUGCACAUGUUGUAAGCUCUCCUUCUCUCUCUGUGGGUCUACAUCUCCAUUUUUUAUGAUGUUAUUAAAGGCUAGUGAGAGUAAAAAGAGAAAAGAGAGAGUGUAAUGGGAACUACAGCUCUUUUUAGUGAGCCAGAUCAUUUGGCUCCCAAAUGGCUCUUCAUUUUACCACUUAUAUAUUUUCUAAUUUAGCCAAAUUUCGCGUUGUUUGGCUAAUGAUAUGUACAUAUGUGUACACAUACCUCUUAAAUAAUUCAAUACAUCCUUUAUACUCAAGUAUCCACAGGUAAACUACAUUUUCUAAUAUCAGUAAAUUGCUGUAGCCAAUUGUUUUAAUUGCAGUUACAGACCCUUGUGACUCUCUGAAACCACCAUGGGAAACCAUGAAUGGACUGACUUACUUGUAGAAUCACUCAAAGCAAAUAGGAACAUCUUUAAAAACUCAAGCACAGAAAUAAAAAAGGACAGUAAUUGAGAUUUUCAAUAUUAAUUUAAUCACAAAUGAUUAAAUAAAUAACAUAAUAAAAGGAAAUAGCUGUAUUGCAAUGAACAAAACAGCAGCAUUUCACAGUUUUAGGUGUAUUAUUGAACUGACCACCAUCAAGAAUAAAAAUGGCAGCAGCAAAUAUGUCCAUGUAGAUUCUCAUUCAUCCAGGUCAUGGUUAUCUUGAAGACUUAAAACAGGCAACUGGACUGUGUAGAGUUGAGAAGAUGUUUCGCCUCUUAUCCAAGAAGCUUCUUCAGUCUUCAAGAUGCAGCAGCAAAGUUAAUCAAAUACAGAAAGAGAGACAAAAAGAAAGGAAAAAAAAGAAAACAGCUUACAGAUGGGAGCCGGCUCCCAUCGUUCACAUUAAAGAGCCGGCUCUUUGAACCGGUUCGUUCAUGACCAGCACAUAACUAGCCCUAAUGUAAAAAGGGGAAGCAUUCAGCCACUGGACACCCACCACUCCCUCUUGUAAUGUUAGCCAGAUGCUUUAAUUGAAUUUCUAUUGAGCCACCAGUCAUGUCGAGUGAUCGGACAGACUGCAGGCUGGACACAGAGGCUUCCUCUCAAUCGUGUCACAGCUCAUGGAUUAGUCACCACAAGCCGAAAUCUGACAUGAGGCUUCCCGGCUUUCAGACAACCUGAGGUAGAAGCUCAGUCUGUAUUUUUAGCAAGGUGGUUUGAAAAAGUGUGUUAAGAAUAAAGCAGCUUAAUCUUGUUGGUGUCUGCACGCAAAAACAGCUUGGCUAGAAAAACAUCAGCAAUGAAUGUUCCAAACAGCGGACAGUUAACCUCCUUUAAUGUGUAUUUUAAUGGGAUCAAGGUAAAACAAUUGCCUCUUAUUGGUUUCCCUGAUUAAAUCUCUGCUGGUCACAGAGGAUUAGGUGCAGAUAAAGAGAGGCAGAAUUAGAGAGGGAUUGUGAGGGUGCAUGUUUGGCUUGUUUGCACAUAGACAAACAGGAUCUGUAUGUCUGUCUGUCUGCUGCCUGAAACAGAUUUAUUGUCAUAGUAGCUGCUCAGGUUUCAUUUUUAAAAUUCAGCACAAGCAACAUGUAAUCUAUGAUGAGAAAUACUCCAGAGUAACAUUUAUUUUCCUUUUACCAAUGUCUUAAAGAUUUUUUCUUGUUCCUAUAACCCGUGUCAGUAUGAGAGGUGGCAAGAGACCAGUCCAGACAGUUCCUCACGUUCAUGACAGCGACCUGCAAGAUUGAACGGCUGAAUAUUUGAUGUUAUGUCCUUGCAGCCAUUGAGAGCAGUGCAGCUAAAAAAUGUGGCAGUGGAGCGUAUGGUGUGCUGCACUUUUAUUGAUUGAGACAAGAUUUAUUGUCAUAGACACAGAAGGUUGAUGGUAACUGGAGGCAGGGGCUCACAAGCCAAGAUUAAUACGUGUCCAUGUGGAUAAGGACCAUUUUUUCUGUAUGUUUUAGUAUCUUGUUAGGUGUUGCAAAUAGCAGCCUUGGAUAUAAGCUGAUUUUAUAAUCUCUGCAUGAUCAAAUUUCAGAACUUGUUUGUUUUGUAAUGGCAGAAGAAUCAGGAAUUGAUGGUUUUAUGUAUGAGUGUGAUGAUUCUGAAACGUUGGCUCGCCAAAUGUGAUAAUCUUUUGUCUGAUUUGAAACAGAUCAAUCUUUCACUCGCCUGUUUGUGUGUUUUUUUCUUCUUCUUUCUUUUAAGCCAUGUUUCUCUUGCAGAGUGAUGUUCACAACAAAGUUUGCUCUGUGUCGAGCUCACUCAGCAGGUUACUCAUACUAUGAUGUUGGAUGAGGUCAGUUGAUGAUGAUAAAUAAAUGGGUGUAUACGUUAGGGUGUGUUUCAUUAGAUUUAUUUAGGUUUGAUUCUGUUUGGCUCUUGAGGAUGUGCAGCUGCAACCGAGAGAAAAAGACACUAAAUCAAGUUUUGCAAAAUGUACAAAUAACUAAAAGACAAAGAAACAGCUUGUUUAUUUGUAGUUAGUGGCACUCACAGGUAAAAACUGAGAUGAUACUAUCAAAAUAUGCCCAUGUUAAAUAGGGCACAUACAAAAUUAAAUGAAGUAUUACAGUAACAUUUUAAAUUUAGAUAUUUGUAAUAAGCAUUGAUUAAUAUAAGUGAGCACUUGUAAGACCUUGUAAGUGCUUAUAAAGGUUUGUAACUGUUGUUAAGUGUUAAUUUAGUGAACUAUGAGAUAUAAAAGAGGAAUCCUAAUACCGCCACUUUGAUUACAACUCCAGCGGUGUCAGUGGAACAAUUCAGUUUAUAAGUAACCUAAUAAAUUAAGUUACGUUAACUUAAUUUCAAUUAACACAUUUAUUAUUGCAUAUAAGACACUUACAAGGCCAUUAAUUUAUCAGUAAUUUUAAGAUACUGUUCCCACUGUAGAUCUAUUGCUGCAAAGGAGCAUUAGCAGUUUAUAGCUGCAUAAUGAACCAAUUAGUAAUCCCUGUAAAGCAUUGAUUUUAAUCUUUCAUAGUCUUAUUCAUGGUAAAGUUACAGUAAGAAGUGGUCUCUAAAUGAUCAGUGUUCAUAAGAAAGCUUAUAAUAAAUGUUAAUUAUGAUUAUGAUAAAAUCUUAUAGUUAUAUAAUGUUGAUCAACAUCUUAUUUAAUUCUGAAAGCUGUCUUUACUGUAAUAAAGAUUAAGUCCUGAAGUUAAUAAUGUAAUGUUCAUUAUUUUUAAUUAACUCUUUUGAACUGUAGUUAAUGCUAAAAAACAUCCCAAGAACACAUAUAAAUGUUUAUUUUAACCCUAAAAGGUCCUUUAAAUAGUUUAUUAACUAUUAAUUAAUGCUUAAUACAAGCAUAUGCCUUUAAGUAUUCGCUCGUGUACUAGGUGUAUGUAGGGGAUGUUAAAUUUUUUUUUUCUGAUGCAUUAAUUACAGCAUUGAAUUACAGCAGCUCUUGUUGAUUUUCCUGAUCAUGGUCAGAAAACACUGCCAAACUAUUAUUCUCAUUAAGAAUUACAGGAACAUGAGGAACCCUCUUUUUUUUUUUUGAAAAACCCAAAGAACUAAGAAAAGCAGACAGAAGCUCUCAAGUUUUGCCAAGUCUGAAAGGAUCUGUGCUCUAACUGAACUGGUGUUGGACCAACUUCCGCUAUAACACAAGACUGUGUUUUGUCUUUCAGGACGAUAGCCUACUGUCAGUGGGUGGACAAUCUGGAGGAAACUCAGAAGCUUCUGGCGAUGAGCGGCCCUCUGAGCGACACACUGAAGUGGAUACUAUGCCACCUGAAUGGCAGCAUGGUGCGCAGGGAGAUGUACGGUCACGGCAUCGGGCGCUUCUCCAAAGAGGAGGUGUACACGCUGAUGGAGAAGGACAUGAGGACUCUGGCCACACUGCUGGGUAAGAACAGGAUUGUGUGUGUGUGUGUGUGUGUGUGUGUGUGGACAGGAUCUUUAAUGCCUCUUUGCCAAACCAUUGCUCACAAAAACGUGCUCCAUUAGGACAUCAACUAACCUCAUCACAUUUAUGAGCAGUAAUCUACUGUACGUGUUCAAGAGAUAACCCAUCCUCUGUUACGUAAUAUGAUAAUGGAGUUAGCAGAGUUAUUAUUUGGAAACAUAAUGGCGUGCCUUUUUUUUUCAUUUUAAAUCCCUCUGCAUUAGUGAAGAGAUUUCUCUUUUCUUACGAAAAGUGGUGGGCGGUCAUUGGUGUCUGUGAAAACUCAGUGUUGUGCACAAUUUUAUAUGAUAAUGGACAUGGCAGUCAUGUUCAAGUGACAGCUGAAAGACAGAGUUUGUCUUGGUCGACAGAGGGGAUAUCAUGUUGAUAUGAGUGAUAUUGAAAUUACCUCUGAGAGCUGAUGAAAGGCAGGCUGAUGAGGCCUAAUGAAGACUUUGAGGGGAUGCUUAAUAGGAUAUGAAUAUGAUAUGAGCAGCAGCAGCACUUCCUGUCUUAUAAAGACGUUAUUCAGUGAAAAGAUUCAAUUCAUAUGUGUCCUUUAAUGAGAGUGUAAUUGUUUUGAGUCGCCUUACCGAAAACAUAAAGUUUAUUUUCACAAGUGGCCAUGCAGAAAAGUGUCAGAGAGAAGAAAUAAGUGAAAACAAGUCAAGUUUUAGAUGGCUCACACAAGGAUACAGUAUCAGAGUAUUGAGAAAGAAACCAAGUGUCUGAUGCAAGAGAGAAAAGUGAUUUCCAUUGAUCUGUUUGUGAUCUUUGAAUGGGAAGCACUUGUUCUAAAACGGAAAAGUUUAAUGGAAUAAAAGUAUCAGAACACUCUAGCUUUCCUUUUACUGUACGGCUCCUCCAGACUCACGUGUUCAAAUCUUAAACUUGUUGUUGCCAGAGGUGCACUGCAGAGAAAUGAACUGAAACCUGAUAUUAAUGUCUCUCCAUGACCUUCAAAAGCAAAAGUAAAACAUCAGCCUAAUUUCACCGGAGUAAAUUUUAACGUUUAACGUUAUUUUACGUUUCACUUUUCGUUGUUCCUGAAAUUUCUAAGAUAGAUUUGGGUUAAUGUGUUGGCUUAUAGCCUGUUUGCCAGUUUUUACAGCUUGUUAAGUGUUUCUUCUUCAAGAUAGCUGAGGUUUUGUUUUUUCUAGAUCCAUCUGUGAUCCAUCAGAAUCAUAAAAAAGCUUAAUCAUAGAUGAAUAUGUGUGAGAUGUAAGGUAAAUAAAUCAGGAAGUCUUUUAAUCUAUUGAGACAUUUUUAUACCACAUUAAUGUAAAAAUUAUUAAUUAGUUAGAAAAGGUGAUGGUUUUCUAAUGAGUAAACUAACAGGUAUUUAAGUCACUACCAGCUCUCUAAAUCCUGAUCCUUCAUCCUGCAAAGCAAAUGUGCUGCAGCUGACCUGAAUGUGAAGCUUACUUGAGCUUAAAUCAGCUUUACAGGUCUCACAUUUUGGCAGGAUCUGGCCUAUAGUGCCAGCCAGUGCUCAGAUAACUGAACUGGACUUCACUGUCGAAGAAAAUCAGGUGUAACAACUGGAAAUGUUACCAUGCAGGUUUCACACGAUAGAAUUGAAGGGUAAAGGCUAAAGGAGAACGUAAAGUAUAGAUAAUCAUACCACAUUAAUGCACAGAGGGAAAUCAGUUUUCAAUCAGUUACUGUUUCCUUCAUCCAAAAGCUGCCAAGUCUAUUAAAAUUUGACAAGCAAUGAUAACGAUUUUUGAUAAACCACAGUUUACUUCAGAUGGAUUAGUUCUCUUAUUUCUAAGAAUCUGAUUUUAGGCGUGCAAGGUUGGGUUCAGUUUUUAUCAUCGCAAAACAGAGAGACUUUUAUUUUGAUCACUGACACAAAAAUCAAAAAAGGAGUGAAAAGAAAAAGAGCUGAUGACAUUCAAUCUUGUGAAAGCUCAUCAGAGAUUUUUGAUCCGUUUUUUUGCUAUGUGGACGUGUAAAUGCAGGAUCAUCUGUCUGAUAUGCUGACAGCGCUGAUUUUCUACUCGUUGGUCUUUCCAUAAUUUUCCUCUUCAUCUUCAUGUCUGCAUCUUUCCUCAGAGCCUCCCCUAUCCAUCCUUCCCUUGAGCACAGGCUUUCCUCAUCUUUUCCACCAUCUCCUCGUUUUCCACCUCAAAGGCCUUCUUCCCUUCACACUCUGAGACUUUGAAACACACUCUGAAUUUUUUCUGCAUUUAAAGCCUUUCACAUAAAGUUCUCCUUUAGUGGAGGAUUUUCUGUCUUUUUUUUACGCUCUACUCCUUCAGUUAGAGAGCUCCCACAUCCAUGUAGGCCAUCCUCACUGUAGCUGUCUAAUUCUUUCAGAAAUCUCCUUGUUGUGAAGUGUAGCAUCUCCUUUAGCCUUAUAGACCCUCCUUUUCUUUCCUUAUUUUCUGAAAGCUUCUCUUUCUUUUUCUAUCUACUCUCUCUCCAGCUGGAAAGCCUCUCUCAUCCUCUGUAUUUCUGUUUCUUCCUCAUUGUGAGCCUCUCUCUGUUGCCUGCCUCUGUUGCCAGUCCUUUCUUUUCUCACACAUGACCUUCUCCUCUGCUUUGAAGGUCUUCCUCCUCUCUUUGCUAGACUUUCCUCUUGAAGGUUGUCUUGAAGUUUUCCUCUUCUCCAGCUGGAAGUGGCAUUGCCCGACCGUCUCAGUUAUUUGAACCUGCUGCCUUUGAAAGGCUUCUCUCUGUCUGGUCAAACUUUGUCUUUCUGUUUCCACAUUCUCUCUGAUCUUUUUUUAUGUGUGUUUGUCCACAGAAACAUGUCUCACAUCUUUUGUCAGAGGAGAGGUUUUGGCUUCUGCCUUGCUUUGCCCUCCAUUUGCCCUCUUAGCCUUUGUUCCCCUUUUAUAUAUCAUUGGGGUCAAUCUGUGUGCUGGGAAUCAUUCAGUAAACUUCCAAAAGUCACUAUGGGACACCUUUAAAAGCCCUCAUCGAUUUCUCAAAUCAGGAUCAGAGAGUGAAACUUUGAGAAAAAACUCAGUCUGCAAAAUACAGCUUUUCAAAUUGUUGAUUUAAUUACAAAUAUUUUGGAUAAAUAUAUUUUUGAGUGAAGAGAAAAUUAAUUCUGAACAAAGCAGAGCAAAUAUCUGUUUAUCUGUGACACUGCCUACGGCUGUUUUCUUCCUUCCAGGAGGAGGUUUCAGUCAGCCUUGCUGGUAAAAUAAUGUUUCUCUGUGAGGCUGCUGGUUAUUUUGAGACAGGGUGUUUAAGGGGAUAGUUCAGUUUUUAAUUUAUUUUUUUAUUUUUAUUUUUUGGAGACGUCGUCUACUGUCCCAAUAUGAAGGCUAAAUCAUAUCCCAUUAUAGACAGACCGAAGAGACAGAGGUUUCUUCUCACUUUAGCUGCACAUCAGACAGCUCUUCUCAUCAACACUUUGUCUUACUGCACACAGCUAGAUGUGUACCUGCACAUGUAGUGCAUGGUAUGAGAACAUCUGUUUUGGUCGGCUGCAAGAAGAGACAAUAAGUAAAAGAAAAUACCAGAUUACAGAAGAACAAAAUGUUCAUCACCGUGGAAACAAGAGGACACUUUGAUCAACCAGAGAGCACACAGAAAGCAGUUUUACAAAUAGGACUGGCCAGAGACAUGAAGAUAUCAAAUACUUUAAGGUCCCUUCAGGUGCAUGUUUGAACUCGAGCAUUAUGAGUCUAAAUUAAGCUGUGUUUUAUCAGACUUUUUUAUCUGAUAAAUAAGCAAAAACCUGGAAAAAACACUUGGAAAAAAAGAGUCUAAAUAAGACAGCACAGAUGUGAUGUUACUCUUGGUGAUUUUUACCCACAUUAAUCCACUGACUUUUUUUUUUUUUUUUUUUCCCCCCGAGUAAAAAGGUGUCCCAGUGAAAAAUAGUCUUGAUGAGGUAUGUGGGUUACUUGGCACGCAGAUCACAUCUUGAGAUGUCGCUGUAGCUGUUUGAAAUGUUUUAUUCAAUACUUGACCAACAGCUCCACAAAUUAAAUCUCCUCCCCUCUGUUGUUGCUUUACUUGGUGUUAGAAAAUGUUGCCCGAUGUCACUAAAAUUAUCUGCAUUGCCAGAAACCUGCAGAGGAAAUGAGUUAAAAAAGUUUAAAAGAAAAAAAAAAACUGAAUCUGCUGUGACACUGCAGUAUUUACAGCAGAGCUAUAUAACACACACACACACACACACACACUGAAGUUUAUAGUAUUCAACACACAUGAAGGACCAUAUAUGUUUUCUUGCCAAAAGCAAGAAAUAAAGAAGUGAAAAAAAGAACUUAAAUUAUAUGAAAAACUUGCUCACUUCCACUUGAUUCCAUUUUUGAGAAAAGAGGACACACCUCUCUUCAUCAAAACUUCAAAUAUCUGUUUGUUCUCUGUCCUUUAGGAGAUAAGAAGUACUUUAUGGGCUCCAAGGUGUCAACUUUAGAUGCCACAGUGUUUGGACAUCUAGCCCAGGCGAUGUGGACUCUACCUGGGACACGACCGGAGCAGCUUAUAAAAGGUCAGUAGAUGUGGGACACUCAGAACCAGCUGACUGUAUAAAAGCAUCAUCUACUUGUUAUUUUGUUUGAGCACAUUAUUUGUUACACAUAACUGUAAUAUGCUGCACUGUACUGGUCUGUCAUGGAGAUGUCAAUUUCAGCCACUAGAUGGCAGUGAGACUCUACUGCAGUGCUCUGAUUUGUUUUAAAUCUUGCACACGGAGGAACAUUUCAAGUUCUCAUGUUUUCAAAGAGCAGAAUCACAGCUUGUAAUGUCACAAAUGAAGAUUUUUAGUUAGAUUUCACUUUGAUGUAUAAUUUCUGAGGAAAAGGCUCAUAGUGAAGGGAUGUCAAAAAAUAUGUCCUUGCAAAAAUCCCAGUUGUGUUGUCUUUCUUUCUCUGAGACAGCCUCUUGAGUAUCAUUGAGCUCCUGCUGUUCUUCAUCUUGUGUCUCUGCUGUUCCUUGUGUCUACGCAGGAGAGUUGAUCAACCUGGCUAUGUUCUGUGAAAGGAUGCGGAGGAGGUUCUGGCCUGAGUGGUUUGUGGAGGUGGAGGAUCUUUAUUAUGAUGGAGACAGUGAGAGCAGCGGCGGCGGCGGCUCACCUACAGGCCAGCUGGACUUUGGCCUCUUCUCCAGGACGGACACUCUGGAGGACAGCGAAGCCAGCAGCCACUCAGCCGGACACUCACACACACACUCCCCCGACUCUGACCACUCUCUCUUUGACUCGGACGUGGGCACAGGAUCUGACAAUGACAUGCAGCUUAAGGAAGAGCUGAUGCCCGACCUGGAGGUUUGA